CUUUCUGACAUCCUUCUUUAUUUCCAAACUCUAACUUUCCCAAAAUCUCUACUGUCACUGUUCCGCGGUAACACCAUGGGCAUCGACCCCAACUUCAACGACGAGUCGUCGCUUCUUGGAGAGCUUGGUAUCAAUAACCAGCAAAUCUGGAGCAAGAUGGUACUGAUUCUCAACCCUUUUCGUGUGAACCCGAAUCUUCACAAGGACACUGAUUUAUGGGGUCCAUUUUUGUUGUUGAUGAGUUUCGGAUUGUUUCAAUUGCUCACUGAGAAGAUACAUUUGGGAAUAAUCUUGGGUUGGGUUACCGUUGCUGCUUUGUUCUUAUAUGUGGUGUUCAACAUGUUGGUUGGGAGGAAUGGGAAUUUGGAUCUUUACAGGUGUGAUUAGGUAUUCUAUGCUGCCACUAGUGAUUUUAUCAACGGUUUCCUUGUUUGUUCCCUAAGAUGGAGUGGUGAUUUUUGGGAUAACAGUGUAGGGCACAACUUUUUGACUUUGCAGUGUCACUUUUACUUGGUUUGAAUACCAAAGCGAUUGAUCUGUUGUUUGUUGCAAUAAAGCGAGCUUCUAGUUUUUGACUUAGCA